CGUCAUGCUGAUGAAACUAGCCUGCGUGCUGCUCCUGGUGGCGUACGCCUAUGGAUGUGGCUCUCCCACCCACGAACCCAUCACCAGCAGGGUGGUGAAUGGAGAGGAUGCUCGUGCCCACAGCUGGCCUUGGCAGAUCUCCCUGCAGUUCAAGCAUGGCAGCCGCUACCACCACACAUGUGGGGGCACUCUAAUCGCCCCUCGCUGGAUCCUGACGGCCGGCCACUGCAUCUUCCCUGGGGAUGUGUACCGUGUGGUGCUGGGUGAGCAUGACCUGACUGUGCAGGAAGGCACGGAGCAGAUCAGAGACGUGCUGCGCAUUGUUAGCCACCCCAACUGGAACAUCGACUGUGUGGCCUGCGGUAAUGACAUGGCCCUGCUGAAGCUGGACAAGGCCCCCAUCAUGAAUGAGAACGUCCAGGCGGCCUGUCUGCCAGAGGCUGGGGAGAUCCCUGCCCAUGACGAGCAAUGUUACAUCUCUGGCUGGGGCAACCUCUACACGCACGGGCCCAUGCCUGAUAAGCUGCAGCAGGCCCUGUUGCCAGUAGUUGAACACAGUGUCUGCAGCCGCAGUGACUGGUGGGGCAUCAACGUGAAGCCCACUAUGGUCUGUGCCGGCGGAGACGUCCAGUCUGGCUGCAAUGGGGAUUCUGGCGGUCCUCUGAACUGCAAGGGGAAGGACGGCAAGUGGUACAUCCAGGGAGUGACCAGCUUUGUGUCCUCCCGCACCUGCAACGAGGUGAAAAAGCCCACCGUGUUCACCCGCACGUCCGCCUUCACCGACUGGCUCAGCGAUGUCAUGCUGAAUUAUUAAGCAUCGACGGGAGAUUGCCCCAGCAGCUCACCAGACAACAAAGUGGCAGAAGUGCAAUAAAAAAAAAAGUAUUGACCAA